AGGUGGUUAGAGGUGAAAUCUAUUGAGAAAAGCAAUGAGAAAUAUACACAAUUCAUAAAAAUGCUUGGUAAGUUUGAUUGGUUGAAAAUAGUGAGAUCCUGGUUGACGGAGGUUUAUUUUUAAAAACAUUAUUUACAGUUCUUAAUUCUCGAUGAAAGAAACGAAAGCACACCAUCGGUGUAAAUAUGGAAUAUAUGAUCAGUUCAACAUUACCUUUCUUCUCAGAUUAAUCUACACCUGAAAAUAUGUUUUAUCAUUUGAAAUUAACUUUUGUGUUGCUACUCUUUAUGAGACCAUUUUUGGAGUCUCAUGCUGCUUCAGACAUUUGCAGCAUAUGCAAAUGUGAAUAUUCUAAGACAACUAUAGAUUGUUCGUCUCGGGGACUGACUUCGGUCCCACAACCCAUUCCACCGAAUGUUCAAAGUUUAGACUUGAAUUCUAAUAGUAUCGAGAAUAUCCAAUCAGACACCUUCCAAAAUCUGUCUAGUUUAAUGACUCUAGUUUUGGAAAAUAAUAAUAUUGUAAAAAUUGAAGUAAAUAUCUUCCGUGAUCUGCCCAGCUUGAUGACGCUAUUAUUGAAUGAUAAUAAUAUCGAAACAAUUGAAAAAGGGGCCAUCCGUGAUCUGCCCAGCUUGAUGACACUAUUUCUGCAUAAUAAUAAUAUAGGAAACAUUGCAGUAAGCGCCCUCCAUAACCUGCCGAGAUUGAUAACACUAUUUUUGCAUAAUAAUAAUAUCCGGAAACUUGGAGUACGAGCCAUCCAUGACCUACCAAAUUUAAAAACAAUAUUUUGCACAAUAAUAAUAUCAAACCAAAUUUCACAGCCUCCCCCUUCGACCAGUAGAAAUGACCUCGGUGAAGACAUUAAGCCUCAAGUUUCACUGCUCUAUGCUGAUAUAGAGGGCAUCAACGAUGAAGUCUACAAGAGAGAUCUGAUUGACGUCGAAGACAGAAUUAAUACUCCGGGUGGAAAUGAAUUACCCACAUAUGACCUGCCAGGAGCACCGAGGGACAAGAAAAACAUUUGUUACAACGCUCUACCUUGCAGGAUUCAGGGAGCACCAAGAUAUUGCGGCAGUUCAUGGAUUGCAGAUAUUUUUGUUGCCCGGAGGCAGAACAAUACACUCGACAUUUAA